CAAAUGAUGAACCAGUGUGUAGAAGACGUAAUUACUCGUUUUCAUCUAUUUAUCUAUAUUUUUUGAGUGAUUAGCAAAAGACGAGGGGCGCAAAUGACAAUUGAAAUACCAUUAAAAAAGUAUAGGUGAAAAUUAUUAAAAUUUAUAGAAUCUAAUAUGAAAGGUUGACACUUAUAUUAGGAGGUGAAAUAUUAUUUGAUAGUUAUGUGCUUUCGAUUGAGUAAAAAUGUAACUCGUUCCAUUUUUUUAUCUACAUGCAUAAGAGAUUGUGUUUCAUAUACAUAUGUACGUAUUAAAUUUUGUGCUAUUGAAAAAAAAUGUAGAGGAAUGCAAUUGAGGACACGCAAACAGCCUAUUUAUUUUAUAUACUGCGGAUACUCUAAUAAAUUGCAAUAGUAUAAUUAAUAAAUAGUAAUCAAUCAACGACCAAUCAGUACAUAACAGAAAAGUGUAAAAAGAAUAUAAAGUUCAACAAAAAAUGUGCAAUUUGUAAAAAAUGGUUCUUAUUUAAAAGUGUUCUUGUGCAGCUUCAAGAAAAGAACUGAGAAGGAAAAUCGAUUUAUUAAAAUUUAUCUUCGUAAACAUUGCCAACUUAAGUUAAUUUUUGCGGUCUGAUAAAUUGUAAACUUAAUUUUGCUUGCGUUGACAACUCCAAUCGGAAAGAACACCAGCAAACUCUUUAUCUGUGAUUCUAUCAUAGAAGAUUUUUAAAUUUUCUGUAUAUGCAAUGAGUUUAAGAGGACAAUAUAAAAUAGUAAAUUUUUAGUUGGAUUGCUGUUACGAAGUAGUAGCUGUAGCUUACGAUUACAGUUUCACACAUUCACAUGGUGACUUAUAAUAAUGCUUUCAGGGAAUACCGAAGAGUUCCGGAGAAAGUUUACUGUUGUACAACAACAGCACUCAGCCCCGCCAACAUUGCCGGUGCCAAAUUUUGCAAUAACGCCCCAAAGAAUUACGGCAUAUGGUCUUCUAGAUGGAGCGCAAGCAAUUCCUUUGCAAGAACCCGAACGUACCUAUGUCUUUCCCGGAGCUGUAAAUAUUGGCGGGGGGCUUGGCAGAGGCGUUAUCGGUAGUAUGGCGACAGGUAUACCUGGCGUGGCUGUGGUAUCUGCGCCUUCCCAUAAUCUCAGCGUUGGUACAACUAGUCGCGGCCAUAUACGAUCUGUAAGCCAUGGCGGUGGUACCAUUUUGGGUCCGAGUGGUCGCCCAAUAAAAUCAGCUAUGAAAGGACAUCAACGCGCUUUUUCGCAAGGUCAAAUUACAGAUUCACCAGGUACGACUGGCCCCUCACGCGGUCAUAGUCGUGUUGGUUCGAAAACAGAUUUUAUCCUUCCACCUGGUCACAAGGAAGAAACUGAAACUCGUGAAUUUGGAGCAUCUGUUACAUCGUCAUCAGGUGGUCGUGGUCAUUCUCGGCAAGCAUCCCGCUCGGAAUCAAUAUACACACUGCGGCGCUCCGAAACACCACCUUGGUGGAAGCGUACAUUAGUUUGUCAAAGUGAGAAGUUCGAUGAACGAAGUUAUCGAAUAGUUAUACCUAAUCAUACAGUUCCACCAAAAACUCCAAAACGCGAUCACCCGAAUGGCGAUUUUGUGGGUAAUAAGAUCCGUACUACAAAAUACACUUUGCUUUCGUUCAUACCAAAAAAUCUACUCGAGCAAUUCCAUCGAGUCGCGAAUUUAUAUUUUAUUUUUAUCGUAUUGCUGAAUUGGUUUCCGGCUAUAAACGCUUUCGGUAAAGAAGUUGCCAUGAUUCCAGUUCUGUUUGUGCUUGGUGUUACAGCAGUUAAGGAUUUAUUCGAAGAUAGACGUCGUCGUUCUUCGGACAAACGAAUUAACAAUACGACAUGUCGUGUUUAUGACAGUGAAACGGAGCGGUAUAAGAAAAUAAAAUGGCAAGAUGUUCGCGUUGGUGACUUAGUUCAUUUAUCGAAUAAUGAAACGGUACCAGCAGACAUAUUACUUUUAAGAACUAGCGACUUGCAUGGCGCCUGUUACAUCGACACUUGCGAUUUAGAUGGUGAAACCAAUCUUAAACGACGAGAAGUUGUUCGGGGUUUCACCGAUAAACAGAAUAUGUUUACCCCGAGCAAAUUCGUGAGCCGUAUUGAAGCUGACGCGCCCACCACCAAACUUUACAGAUUCCAUGGAGCCUUAAUACAUCCGACAGGGGAGCGUGUUCCCAUUGCAACCGAAAACUUGCUUCUAAGGGAGAGCCGCUUGAAGAACACUGAUUUCAUUGAAGGAAUCGUUGUAUAUACAGGUCACGAAACCAAAUCAAUGCUUAACAACAGUGGGCCUCGAUAUAAACGUUCGCAAGUCGAACAGCAGAUGAAUAUUGAUGUGAUAUGGUGUGUGAUAAUUUUACUGAUAUUAUGUAUUGUGGGCGCAGUUGGCUGCAAAAUGUGGUUAAGCUCUUUUGAGCAAUUUCCUGUACCAUAUCUACCUUUUGAUGUUCACCCAAGCUACGAAGGUCUCUUGACUUUUUGGACAUACAUUAUAAUAUUGCAGGUGAUGAUUCCAUUGUCUUUGUAUGUUACUAUUGAAUUAUGCAAAAUUCUGCAAGUAUACCACAUUCACAACAACAUUGACUUGUAUGACGAGGAUACAAAUAAAAAAACAGAAUGCCGUGCGAUGAACAUAACUGAAGAGUUGGGGCAAAUACAGCAUAUAUUUUCAGAUAAGACAGGAACGCUGACUGAAAAUAAAAUGCUAUUUCGACGAUGUGUUGUCAAUGGCAUAGACUAUGGUCAUCCCCCUUCAGAGCUGGAACGAUUGCACUCAAAGCCUGGAAUACCAGCACCACCGGUGAUAACUAAUUCCACAUUAUUAAAUGAUAUGCUAGAGUUGAUAAAUUCUGGUCAGUAUUUGUCAUCAAAUGCCCAAAGGCUACAAGAAUUUCUUUUGGUAAUGGCGAUUUGCAAUACGGUGAUUGUAAGUGCCACACCACAUCAUGAUUUGAUGAAUGCCAGUGGCAUAAUUGAAGUUCAAGGAGCAGCCAACAAUGAUUCAGUAAUGCUAAAAAAUGUAAAAGACAACCAUAUUCCUUUACAACAUAUAACACAAACAGAUUCAUCCCCUACAUCAUUAACUAAAGCUAAUAAUAAUUUAGCAUCUGCUAUACCAAUUGAUCGUUAUACUCGCUUAGCUGAAUCACGUUCAGUAACACCAUCACCACCACCAAACCUUGCCUAUGUUUUGCCAACGCAUACACAUAUUCCAUCGUUAUCCCCAAUAAGCAGCUCAGCAGAGACUACACCUACUUCUGAUUCACCUCCUAUGAAAAUGAAGUCAUUUUCAAAUAGCAUAUCACCGACAGGGCGAGCGAAAGCAGUGAUAAACUCCAAAAUAACUAGCCUUACCUCAUUCUUGAAUGUAAAGGUUCAGGCAAAAAAAUAUACAAACAAGUUAAAUCAAACAAAAAUUCAGCAAUCAUUUAAAACGGCCAACGGUAGACCGUUGUAUGAAGCUGAGAGUCCAGAUGAACUAGCGCUUGUAAAUGCUGCUUAUAGUUAUGACUGCUGUUUAGUCAAUCGAAGUCCAAAUCAUAUACUAGUUAGCAUUCCUAAUUCUGGAAUGGUGGAGUAUGAAGUUCUAAAAAUUUUGCCAUUUGAUUCGAGCCGCAAGUGCAUGUCAAUUGUUGUGCGCCGAACAGGAACACAAGAAAUAGUGCUUUACACAAAGGGCGCUGACAGCUCUAUUAUACCCGUAUUAGUACCGUGCGCUCCAAAUACGACAGAGGGUUUAAUGCGAGAAAAAACUCAACAGCAGUUGGACCGUUAUGCUCGUGACGGUUUGCGUAUAUUAGUUAUGGCAAAACGAACAUUGAAUUCCGCCGAAUAUACAGAAUGGUGGGCACACCACCAAGAAAUUGAAAUGUCGUUGGAGAAUAGAGAACGACGCAUUCGUGAUUCUUUUGCGAAGCUGGAAUGUAAUUUGACAUUACUAGGUGCUACAGGAAUUGAAGAUAGACUUCAAGAUGGUGUUCCGGAAACGUUAGCUGCUCUGAUUUCGGCUGGUAUAUCGGUGUGGGUGUUAACUGGCGAUAAGCCAGAAACGGCAAUAAAUGUUGCUUAUUCUGCAAAACUUUUUACUCAACAGAUGGAGUUAUUGCGUCUAACGGCUCGCUCUCGUGAUGCUGCGGAAAGUGCAAUCAAUUUCUACUUAGCUGAUUUGGAUACCAGCAAAUCAAUAUAUGAUACUCAUACCCGACUGAAAACACGUGCUUUGGUUGUCGACGGCAAAACUUUGACUUUUAUCCUGGAUUUACGAUCGAAACUUAUAAGACCUUUCCUGAAAUUGGCUAAAAGCUGUGCGUCUGUGUUGUGUUGCCGUUCGACACCUCUUCAGAAAGCAUAUCUUGUUAAAGUGGUAAAAGAAGAGUUGCGUCUAUGUACCUUGGCGAUUGGUGAUGGUGCGAAUGAUGUGUCAAUGAUACAGAUGGCAGAUGUUGGCGUUGGUAUUUCCGGUCAAGAGGGUAUGCAAGCUGUUAUGGCCGCUGAUUUUACGUUAUCACGCUUUCGCUACUUAGAACCUUUAUUGUUAGCUCAUGGAUACUGGUGUUACGAUCGUUUGUCGCGUAUGAUACUUUAUUUCUUCUACAAAAAUGCUGCGUUCGUGUUCCUAAUAUUUUGGUACCAACUAUACUGUGGCUUCUCUGGUUCUGUUAUGAUGGAUCAAAUGUAUCUGAUGUUAUAUAAUUUAAUAUUUACUUCUUUGCCGCCGCUUGCCAUUGGUGUCUACGACAAACGCGUGCCUGAGGAUUUUUUACAACAAAAUUGUUAUUUAUACAAACAUGGUCGUUUGGGUCUUGCUUACAAACCGCAUGAUUUCUGGAUAGUGCUAUCCGAUUCGUUAUACCAAAGUUUAGUGGUAUUUUUCAUUGCCUUAUUCGCCUACGCGGAAAGUGAUGUUGGCAUAUGGGAGUUCGGAGCAACCAUAACAGCUACCUGUUUAUAUACGAACUUAGUUCAUGGUGCACUCGAAAUUAGAUCAUGGACUGUAUUACAUGUGCUCUCUAUUACCAUAAGUCUUGGUUCCUUCUAUGCUUUUUCUAUUAUUUAUAAUGCAACUUGCGUAAACUGUUUUGGACUACCUUCUACUUAUUGGGUAAUAUUUCGCUGUUUAGGCUCUCUAGUGCAUUGGCUUGUGAUACUUAUAUCGACAUUGGUGGCUGUCUUGCCCAGGCUGUUGUUUACGACAAUUAAAAACUCUUUAUUUCCUGACGACAGUGCAGCAGUUUUGUUGCAGAGAAAAAAAGACCGGAGUAGAGGUGAGGGUUUGUUAGUUGCUUGGUCAAGGUCAACAUCAGCUUCAUCAAUUUAUAGAAUCACCGAUUAUGGGUCUAAGAAUCAAAUUAUAACAACUAUUUCUUGAUAAACGCUACCGAAGCAGAUAUUUUAUACGACAAAGAUUAUCAUCGGGACAUUUAAUGCUGAUCAAUUCUUGGAAAACAAGAAAAAAGAGUUAUUGAAAUAAAUUAAUGAUGGUGUGAAAGUGUAAUACUGAUAUAUACAUGGGUGUGACUGAAUUAUUUAAUACAUAUGUAAGUUCAAUAGUAUGUUCUAGGUCCGUUUCUGUUAUUAUGGUAAUAGCCUAAGGCUAUAUUAAAAUUUGUACAUCCGUAUUGAAAGGUCUCCUUAAUAUACAUGUAAAUAUUUGUAUCGUAUUCUAGGGUAAAUAUGUGUAAUACUUAUAUAUUUUUAAAUUAAAUUCAUUUGUAUUAUAACUCCAAUUAUUUUAGUGAAAUAUUAACUAAAAAUAAUUUCUUUCAGUUCUUAGUAUAUUAUAAUGAUGUAUUAUGAAUUAAAUUUCUGGUAUUCCAUUAUAAUUUAUUUUAUUAUGAAUCAUUAUCACGGCUCUGUAGAGUAUUUUCUGACUGAGUCACAAUAUGUUAUCAAUUUAUCUAAAAAAGUAUUUUCAUCAGUUUAUUGUUUUAGUUAUCAACAACAUUUAUGUUAACAUUCCGAAAACUAUGCAGGUUAGGAAAAUUAUAUAUAUAAUGUCAGAAUAUCCUAAAAUUUGAUGAUUUCUUGAAUUUCUAUGUAAUUCUAACUUCUAGUUUGAUUGUUUACUAAUACGAAAUUCAAAUAUUGUGGUUUUUGCGGUUUAUAAUCUUGUUUAAAAAUAUUAAACUUUUACAUGUUCAAUUAAAAUUAAAGUUUUUAUUGCCCUAAUUUUAUAUUACCUUACUUUGCCGUUUUCUGCUCUUAUAUAUAAACAUGGCGAUUUUUAUACUCUUGCAAAAUGUUGCUACAAGAGUAUAAUAUUUUUGUUCAUCUAACUGUUGUUUGUAUCACCUAAAAAUAAUCGUGCUAAAUUAGGUUAAAUACAUAUAUAUAAAUGAUCAGGAUGAUAAGUCGAGUUGAAAUCCGAAUGACUAGCUGUUUGUCCGUCCAUCUGUACAAGCGAUAAAUUAAGCAAUAAUUAAGAUAUACCUAUUUCUAAUAUUAUGCAUUAAUGAAAUUGGUUCAUGUGUUCAAAUGAAAAUCUUUAAAGUGCCAUAACUAAGUACUAAAUUAAGACAUAACACUGUAAUUUGGAUCUUAGUAGCAAUGUGAACCCUUGGACUAAAACUUAAAAUAGGAAAAUGAGCGAGGCCACACCCACCAAGAGGUUUAAUAUGCAUAUCCCCUCAAUUACUAAUGAUACAAUAUCCAAAUUUGAGAAAUCACUUAAGCACCCCAAUCGACACCGUAAAAAUUGAUGAAAUCAGGCGAUAACAGCGCCAACUCGCCAUAUAAUGGUUUCGUUAAAAAUCACUAAAAACGCGAUACAUCAAUAAAUAAAUACUCCAAAGGCAUUAAAUUUUACUCCUAGGAUUAUACAAGAGGCAUCUAUUAGAGCCAGGGUGAAAAUUUUGCGAUAAGCGGGGCACCGCGCACAUUUCGCUUAAAACCCAUGUCUGAAGACCUACUCAGCUGAUAUUUGGUAUAUAAUAUUGUCUUCACAUUACUAUGUUCCACUGUGAAAAUGAGCGAAAUCGGAUUACAACCACGCCUACGUCUCAUGUAAGCCAAUUUUAAAUUCCAUCUGAUUCUUUCAUUUCCAGUGUGCAAAUCAAUCAACGAUGAAUAUAGGCCAAAACUGAAUGUCGGACAAAAAGUUUUCAAGCCCCUAGAUACCGAAUAUGUGGAUCAAAGUUCCAAUUGCGAACUUUUUAUCGAAAAUAUCGGUCAUUCUGUGAGAUAUAUUAUAGAAAUUCGGAGAGAAACUUUUCUUCGAACAAGAAUCCUGAACUCUUUCGCAAAAUUUUUUAAUAUGAUUCCUGCAAGUUGCAAGAGUAUAAAAUCUUCGGUUACUCAUUUCCUUACUUGUCUUAAUUCAUAUUUUUCAAAAUGAAUUUCAAACAUUAUUUAACUAAUAUAAUUCAAUCAGUUCUAUAUUCUAGAUACGUAGCCGACCAAUUUUAUUCUAAUUAUUAAUUUGUAAAAUAAAUUAGAAAAAACGGUCAGAUGAACCUUAAAUAUUAAUAAUUUCGUAAUUUAUGUUAAAGUAUAACAGCAUUUGUCUUGUUGUUUGUUUGAACAUAGUACUUUUGAUGGUAGUAUUGUACUUAAUUUCAAAAACCACCAUUUUCUGACCGUCUAAUUUUCUGGCUAUAAUAAAUCUCAGAUAGAACGAAAUAUAAAUCUAACAAUGAACGAAAAACCGGAGUAAUGUGAAAAAACUUUCUUGCUAAGGCUGUGAUAUGUGCACUCAUUAAAAAAUUAUAAUUCUAGAUCCUGCUUUUAAUUAUAAGAUUUUCGUCUAUGAAUUUAUGGGAACAUAUUUAAUUUGAUUACAAUAAAAACAGUUGUAAAAUAAAAUGUUUUUUAAAAUUAAAAAAAAAAAAAGUUGUAAUGCCUUAGUCCUAUUUCUCUUGGUAACUGUACAUCUAGCUCUUGACAGUAAUGGAUAUAAAUACAUUUUUCUGAACUAAAAUUCUUUGUAAAUACACAUAAAUAUGUAUGUACGUAUAGGAAAGAGUUGAAGAGCUAUGACAAAUGUAUGUAUACCUUUAAAAGAGUUUAAAGAGAAAUUACAUAUGUAUGUGUUUAUAAAUUAAAGUAUUUAAAAAGAAAGAAAA